CGAAGCCGCCUCCCGGUGACAGAAAAAGCGCCUUCUUUAUUUGCCGCGUGCGUCAGAGCUCCUGAACAGGGCGAUGCUGCAGCUGCUUCUCUCUCUGUUAUAGAGGGGGGCAAACAAAACCGCUCUCACCAUCCCCUCUUUUUAUAUAUUAUAUAUAUAUAUAAAAAACGCACACAUAUACAUAACCUUUUUUUUCCGUGUGUUUCAUUUAACCUCUUGUUUUAACCACCCAUUGAAUUAAUUAGACCUUACCUUCCCCACCCCACCCUUUUUUUUGUUAUAUAUUAAAGUUUAUUUUGUGCAUUUUUCUCCCCCUGCUUUUGGGUUAUUUUUUUUGUUCCUCCUCAACCCAGGUUGCUUUCACUUCAGGGUUUUGCUGUGUUUUUUGAUACCCUUUUGUGUCAGAUCAUCUUUCUUUGGUAGAAGGACUACACUUAACUUUUCUACUUUUUUUAGAAAAAAAAAACAAAAAAAAAGACGGCAACUCCAAACUAACAUGGCAGUCAGACUGUGUGAUGUGGCUACUCUGCUUAGAAGUGGUUCGUGGGCUGCAGAGCCUUGGACUGGGCAGGUAAUUGCUGCCAUGGAAACACAACUGUCAAAUGGUCCAACUUGUAAUAAUACAACAAAUGGUCCUUCAAACACCAACACUGGCACAAACAACUGCUCAUCACCUGUUGACAGUAACACCAUGCCAGAGGACAGCAAAACCAACUUGAUAGUCAACUACUUGCCUCAAAACAUGACACAAGAAGAGCUGAAAAGCCUGUUUGGCAGCAUUGGUGAAAUAGAAUCCUGCAAACUUGUACGGGACAAAAUAACAGGACUGCAAGGGCAAAAUGGAGGAACGAAGAUCUUGAUGACAAAAGAAUUCUGGAUCGGAUGUCAGAGCCUUGGUUAUGGAUUUGUAAACUAUGUGGAUCCCAAGGAUGCUGAAAAAGCCAUCAACACAUUAAAUGGUCUCCGACUUCAAACCAAAACAAUAAAGGUUUCCUAUGCUCGUCCCAGCUCUGCUUCCAUCAGAGAUGCGAAUUUAUAUGUCAGCGGGCUCCCAAAAACUAUGUCCCAAAAAGAACUGGAACAGCUUUUCACCCAAUAUGGACGCAUAAUUACCUCCAGGAUUCUUGUGGACCAGGUCACUGGUGUGUCCAGGGGUGUUGGUUUCAUUCGGUUUGACAAGAGAGUAGAAGCUGAGGAAGCAAUCAAAGGUUUGAAUGGGCAAAAGCCUCCAGGUGCCACAGAGCCAAUCACUGUCAAGUUUGCCAAUAAUCCAAGUCAGAAGACCAACCAAGCAAUUCUGUCACAGUUGUAUCAGUCCCCAAAUAGACGAUACCCAGGACCCCUCCAUCAUCAAGCGCAAAGGCUAAGGUUGGACAAUCUUCUAAAUAUGGCUUAUGGCGUCAAAAGGUUUUCGCCAAUGACUAUUGAUGGAAUGACCAGUUUGGCAGGCAUCAAUAUUCCUGGACAUGCUGGAACAGGCUGGUGUAUCUUUGUUUACAAUUUAGCACCUGAUGCAGAUGAGAGUAUUCUUUGGCAAAUGUUUGGACCAUUUGGUGCUGUGACCAAUGUGAAAGUCAUCCGCGACUUCAACACAAACAAGUGUAAAGGAUUUGGAUUUGUGACUAUGACCAACUAUGAUGAAGCAGCCAUGGCAAUAGCCAGUUUAAACGGAUACCGUCUAGGGGACAGAGUACUGCAGGUGUCCUUCAAAACCAACAAAACGCACAAAGCCUAAUAUGUAACAUAACUGUUAUAUAGCUAUUCAAAAAGACAUGUUAAAGCAAAACUUUAUAUAUUAGUGCAAAGACUUUGUAAGUCAGUGUUAAGACAGAAGUAUGACUAUUUAGCAUCCUAAGAAUAUGAGAAGGUUUUAUAUUGCUGGUAACUUUGCAUUAAAUCUUCUUUCAUAGCUUUUAUGUUUUGAAAAUUGACGAGGUGCAGGGUUUUUUACCUGUCACACAACAUUCUAGUAACCUCCUUUUGAAGGAGGUGGACCUUUUAAAAAAAGAAACUGUUUCAGCUGAAGGAAGAAAGACUCCUAGAUUUUUACACAACUGCCUUGAAACAGUACAUAAAGUGAAUUUGUGAGGCUUUGUUUCUUUUUCUUUUUUAGAAGAAAAUAUAUUUUGGUCAAGUAUUUGAUUUGCCUUUAAAUUCAUUGCAUUUAAGUGAUCAGUUUCAAAAGUGUUGGUUUACAUUUGUUUUCUUUAUUUACAUGUUAAGUAAAGUUUUUAUUUUGAUAAGAUUUUGGAUUGGGAAAAGGGUGGGCUGCAAUUAUACCUUAUUGUAAGGUUCUUGGAAAUCCUUUUUUUUCAUAACACAGUACCUUGCCAAAGAGAGAGAGCCUCUUUGCUGAAGUGGGUUUAAAAAAAAGCAUCUAUUUUUAUAAAAGAAAUUUGGAGAAACUUUUUACAGGACCUGGAACAAAUAUUUUGACUUGGUUACUUUGAGAAUCUCUUCAUACGACAUCUAGUGAGCUUUUGAAAAAAUUAAAACCAGGAAAUUUCCAGUGGCUGGCAUUUAUUGGAAAGACAUGUGAUGUAGAGAUUACCUUGAAGACCUUUGUAUUACCAAGAUGUAGAACCAGUGGGCACUGUGGGUUUCAUUUGUAUAAUCAGUGGAUCAUCCUGGUUAUUUGUGACAAAAUGGCUCACGUUUAAUUGUGAUUUCAAGAAUUAAAAAGAGGCUUAACAUUGAGAGUGCAUGCAAAUAUAUCAAUUAUUGAAAAUUGGGGGAAAUAUGUUCUUCCUGAAAGUAUUCCCUUCUGUUAAAGCUCAAGGUGUUUAGUGAUGUACACUCUCCUGCUGUAUUGUCUGUGCUGGAAUUGGGUGGAAAAAUGAUUGGAUUUGCUUUGCAAUACAGAUUACAAAGCGGUCAGAAUAAAUUUAGAAAAUGCAAAAAUAUAAUAGACUGCACCUGAGCAUUGUGUAAUGUAAAUAAGUCCUUGUGUUAUGGACCUUUUUCUGCUUUUUGUUUUUGACUACAUGCCAAGUGCUGUUUAAGGAACCUGAAUGCUUUGUAUGUUUUUUGUUUCUUGUAGACUGCAUUAACAUUACUUGAAGUUUACUUGUUUUGUUGUCCUAAUGACCAGAAUUGCAGUGCAUCAGAUUUGUUUGUUGUUGGUCUGUAGAUAGUCUUGUUGCAGCUCUUUAAAACUAUAGUGACACUGCUUUUGUUAUAUAUGCAUUUGUGGUACAAUGGGUAAAGCCACAGUUUGAACAAAUAUGCUUACAUUUUCAUACUAAAAAGGAAGGUAUCCUGUUGAAACGUUUAAAGUAAAUUUGCAAUUAAUGCUUAAAUCACUAUGGGGAGAUAUAGCAGUUCUUUAUCAUAACAGGAAUAAAUUUGAAAAACUCUAUUUUCAGAGAAGCAUCUAGCUUAACUUAUUCUUCUAAGAACAAAUUGGUUGUGGAAUUGCAGUCCUCGACCAGGUGCACUGAUAACUGUAGUUAAAUGUCCUGCUUUGUGUAAACUGAAAUGCUCAUGUGCUCUUCCCCUUAGAACAAGCAAUGUGCUAUGCAUAACAGUUGUACAUUUAUCUUUGCUAUUGCUUUUGAAUACUGUAGUUAUAAAUUCUCAGCCUAGUUGAAGUACAUAUACUGUGAAGCACGUGAAAGUGUACACCCAUGUUUUCAUGCUAACCCACUCAAUGCUGUCAUAUAGGACUAACCUUUAGGCUUUGCACAGAAGGGUUGCAAAAGAAACCAUGUGCAGCUUUAAAAACAGACUCCUUUCAGUUAAUUGUUAAAGCCAAUAGUUAACAUGAAUGUUCUAGCCUAUAGCCUAUUUGUAGCUGAGUCAAAUGCAGCAAAACUUAGUGGGAAAGCAUGUGAAUUGGUAUUCACUUUACGAUGUUUAUCAUAGCACUUAAUAAAAUGUAAGUCUGUAUUUAUUUGAAGUUGUAAAGUAUGACAAUUUACGUUGGUUGAAUAGAAUGUAUGUUCCUUUGAGUAUUUAAGAGGCUGUACAUGUUUCUUUCCUUAUAUUGUGUUUGGAUCAUUUGUACUUUUUCAUGUUCAGUACAUCAAUAAACAAAAGUUGAAGGGAAUUAAAACUUGUUUUAAGGUUCAGUACACCUAA